AUGUAUCUCGAGAAGCUAAUCAGUAUGCUGAUUGGUUGGCUGGCCAAGCUUAUGGGAGGGCUCAAUUGGUUUAUCCCUACUGAUAAAUCUUCAGGAACAACAUCUUAUAAGCAAGGUGCAUUGGAGACAUCAUUUGCAAAGAGGCAUAGUGGAGAAUUCUAUGUAAUUAAUAUUGCGGUGCAGGAUCCUAAGCUUCGUGCUAUAGAAUUUGUUCUGAAAGAUGGCUGCUCCAAUAGAUGGAUGAAGUUGAACAAUGGCAAUUCCCGAGUUGAUCUACCUAAUCAUGAUGAAAAUACUAUCCAUCCACCUGUAUCAAAGGAUCUGAUACAACACAAGGUAUAUCUAAUCUGGGAAAGCAAAGACAGACGAGUGAGCACUGCAGAACAACAAAAGCAUGAUUAUGAUGAUGCUAUGAGAGCGCUCCAAAAUCAGCUGAUUAGAGGAACUUUUUUGAAUGACUUACAGAGUAGUUGCAUAUCUGCAAGUACCAAUACCAAAGCACUCAAUACUAGUAGGGGGCAAUCUAGUUGUGUACCUUCUUCAUAUUAUAGAAGACGUCAUAUGGAUCAGUGAUUGCAUAAGCAUUCUGUGGGCCAUGAAAGAAGCACCAAUAUGCCAUUUUCUGCUUUUAUGGAUCUUAUACAGAAAACUACUGGAGGAGAUAAAAUAGUUACAAGGAAAAGUCAUCACAUCAGUAACUAUGAGAUAUGGUCAAACAGUAAUCCCACUAUCAAAUGGUUACUUGAUGAAAUAUAUCCUAGAGAAAAUGAGGCUGACAGCUCAUUGAUGCACAGGUUCAACAUUGUAACGGAAUUGAUGGAGCAUUGUAAAUUUGAAGGGGAAUCAGGCCUUAUAGGCAUAUUGGUGUGGUUGAGGUUCAUGGCAUGAAGGCAUCUCACAAGGAACAAAAAAUACAAUGUCAAACCUAGUGAAAUCAGUGAAGCUCAGGAUAAGUUCACCAAUUUACUUCAAAACAUAUACCUGUGCCAGCCGAAAGAUAGAGAAAUUAUGAGACUAAUAAUGCUGUGUGUUGGAUGCGGCGGUCAAGGUGAUGUUGGGCAGAGAAUCCAUGAUAAAAUACUAGUGAUUUAGAGAAACAAUGAUUGCUAGACUGACAUGAUGGAUGAAUGGCAUCAAAAGUUUCAAAAUAACAGUAUCCCAGAUGAUGUGAUGAUUUGUGAGGCUGUUCACUCAGGUGUUAACUUUGAAUCUGCCAUGAAACUUGUUUGGGUCCUUCUAAGGGCUAACAAUUUCACAAGUUCAUGCAGAUUUACUUUUGUUGGUGUCGGUGUGCGGUCCCUAAAAUUAAGGGUCUCCGUAGGGAAGAUCGAAGGGUAUCCCUGAAGAUAGAUGUCGGUCGCCAACAUAUAUUGAGCUGAAAGAAUAAGAGAUCAAAUAUGUACAGUGGGCACUACGAGUAAAGGCUGUUCUUGAUGGACUGCAGCCAAUACUUGCUGGUAGGUCCCGGAUUUACUAGAAAAGAAUACAGCCUGGUGCACAAAAUCUUAGUAAUUUGCUUGGUAUUGGAAAUCAGUGGUAAGUUAAGCUUGACAUGUAUGAAGGUUCCUGACUGAUAUCUUAAUUGUAUUAUUUUAUUAAUUAUUUAAUAAAGAAUAUUGAACUAAAAUUUCCAUGUUAAUAAAGAAGUGUAAAGAAAGUUAAAAGUUCAA